AACUCAUUGGACAGCAUACCGGCCUCCCUUCUUGACUUUCAACACAAAAAAACACACUUAAAUAUACCCUUCACAGUGAAACAUCCUCAAAGAAAAAGAAAAUCUAAUGCCUACCCUUUCUUCUUCCAUUUGCCUUCCUUUCCUGCUCCUUGCUGGCUUCAUCGCCAUAGCCGCUGAAGCACAAGUCCCUGCAAACCAGACCUUCAAAUUCAUAAACCAAGGCGAAUUCGGAGACCGAAUUAUCGAAUACGACGCAUCCUACCGCGUCAUACGAAAUGAUGUUUAUACAUUCUACACCUUCCCCUUCCGCCUCUGCUUCUACAACACCACCCCCGACGCCUACAUCUUCGCCAUCCGAGCCGGAAUCCCCAAUGACGAAAGCCUCAUGAGGUGGGUGUGGGAUGCCAACCGCAACCGCCCCGUUCGCGAAAACGCCACCCUCUCUUUCGGGAAGGACGGAAACUUGGUCCUCGCCGACGCAGACGCGCGCGUGGCGUGGCAAACGAACACCGCCAAUAAGCGCGUCACGGGAAUCAAGCUACUCCCCAACGGAAACUUGGUGCUUCACGACAAGAACGGAAGAUUCGUGUGGCAAAGUUUUGAUUACCCUACUGACACUCUCCUCGCUGGCCAGUCCGUUAGAAUCAACGGCCGGAGCAAGCUUGUUAGCCGUACAUCUGACGUGGACCCCUCCGACGGACCGUACAGCAUUGUUCUUGACCGCAAAGGGUUCACCAUGAAACUAAACAGCUCCGGUCAGCUUCUUACGUACGGCGGCUGGCCGGACAGAGACUUGGGCAGCACGGUGACUUUUGAUGUAGUGCCAGAGAAUGACAACGCCACCGCUUACGAGCUCGUCCUUACUGUAAACCAAGACAGUACUAAUGCUCCGCCGCCAAGCCGCCGCCGCCGCAUCCUACAAGUACGGCCGAUCGGCAACGGACAGCAACUGAACCUGAACAAGCUCAAUUACAAUGCCACGUAUUCAUUCCUUCGGCUCGGCUCCGACGGAAAUCUCAAGGCGAUGACUUACUACGACAAAGUAAGUUACUUAAAAUGGGAAGAGAGCUUUGCGUUCUUUUCGGGAUAUUUUGUCAGAGAAUGCGCGCUGCCGGCGAAGUGCGGAGCUUAUGGAUUAUGUGACAAGCGGAUGUGCGUGGCGUGCCCGAGCCCGAAAGGUCUUCUGGGUUGGAGCGAGAGCUGCGCGCCGCCGAAGUUGGCGCCGUGUAAGAGCGGCGGCGCCGUAGCAAAGGCGGAUUACUAUAAGAUCGUGGGGGUGGAGCAUUUCUUAAACCCGUAUUUGGAUGACGGUGAGGGUCCGGUGAAGAUUGGGAAGUGCAGGGAGAAGUGUGAUAAAGACUGUAAAUGUGCAGGUUUCAUCUACAAGGAAAAUACUUCCAAGUGCUUGCUUGCGCCACCGCUGCUUGCGACUCUCAUCAAAGCUGUCAAUACUUCUGUCGGAUACAUCAAGUACUCCAAGUAGAAGAAGGGCUUAUGUUUUCGUAUUUAGUAUUUUGUUGCUUUUUUUUUUUUUAAAAAAAAAACUAAAAUAAAAUGCUAUUAAGC